AUGGGUGAAACCGAUAACAAUAUCAUGGGAUUCACGAUGAACCCUUAUAACCGUAUGCUCUCCGCUGGGGGCGCUUGUGGCGGAGAAGGAGCUCUGAUAGCAUUGAGAGGCUCACCCAUUGGCUUCGGAACUGAUCUUGCUGGCUCCACCCGCAUCCCGGCUUCCUACAACAACCUGUAUGCCCUGAAAGCUUCCGAGCAGCGAUUACCACAGAGUGGCAUUGCUGCGAUUCUUCCUGGACUGCCGAUUGCCGCCGGUUCCAUUGGCAUACUCUCUUAUGACCUCGACGGAAUCCAGACAGUCUUCCGAGCUAUACUGGAGGCAAGUCCGUGGACAUCUGACAUUGAUAUGCUGGAGAUCCCGUGGCGCCAGGAGAAGUAUGAUCGGAUUCUUGCGCGAGGUUGCAGCUCAACAUCGCCGGCAGCGAAUGGGCGGCUUGUCUUUGGAAUUAUGAACUCCGACAAUAAUGUGUCUCCACACCCACCAAUUUGCAUCGCAUUACAAGUGGUGAAAACGGCCUUGAUGGAGAGCGGCUACGAGGUAGUCGACUGGACACCACCGCCUCAGAACACGGCUGUAGAGACUCUUUUUAAAAUAUUCGGAGCGACGGGCGCACAGGAGAUCCGUGCCGCAAUCGAUGCUAGUGGGGAACCUCCGGUGAUGCAAAUGCGAACAUGGUAUGAGCAAUCCCGAGGAGAAAACAUUACCACCUCGGAAUUCUGGCAACUUUGUGCGGAGCUGCAGGAAUAUCGAAGAGCAUACGCGGAAUACUGGCGCUACAUGGAUACCCAGACCACUUCUGGACGCGGUAUUGAUGGCGUUAUUCAGCCCGUCGCUCCAUACGUGGCAGCCCAUCAGAACGACUUCCAAUACUACUCGUAUUCCGCAAUCGCCAACGUGUUGGACGUCCCAGCAGCGGCGUUUCCAGUGUCUCCGGGCUUCUCUUCGGCCCAGUUGGCGAAUGCUACGGAGGCCAAUCCCAGAACUCUCGGCGAAGAGGAUGAACGAGUGUGCGCAAAUUAUCGACCGGAGGAUGUACAGCACAUGCCGGUCGGGCUACAGGUCUUGGGCCGUCGUCUACAAGAAGAAACAGUAUUGGCUAUGGCGCAGGCGAUCAGAGAAGCAUUGCAGAGGCAAGCCUCGAACCAAUAACGGUAGCACGAUUGCGUACAUUUGGUAUCAGGGGCGGAGAGCGAGACGGGCACGCGCCGGCCGAGAGCGCCGUGGCGGGCUUGGCACCGAAACUCCGAAGUGGUCGAGUGUUGCGAUAGAGAUUGACUCCUUCAUUCCGCGC